GGCACCGUGCGCUGUUUUGUUUUUGGUCGAGGUCCGAGGCAACUUGUUUUUGCUGAGCUUUUAGACUUAUAAACCGCCGCGUUGUUUGGGGAUGUUUUAAUAUUUUUUGUCCGUAUCCUUAAACUGCGUUGACGACAGGGUUAAAUAAACGGUUGCAUAACGCUGUUAGUCUGGGAGUUGAACGUGCCGAAUUCCCUGCCUGCUGACAAGCUCGGUGGAAUGGAAGUGUGUCCUGGAGGACCCUGACCGCAGUCAAGUUCACCCCUGAGCUGGGAUCACCGAACGGGUGGGAAGGAAAUCCCGAAGGGACCCUCGGGGAGGCAGGAUGCUGGAGUCCGUGGUGACGUUCCAGUCCCAGCUCACCUCCGUGAUGGAGCUGCUCGUCAAAGCGGCGGUGUGCGAGAUCACCAAGCUGUUCGAGGGCAGCUUUGCCGACUUCCAGCUGGAGAUCGCCCAGAGCAAGAAGGAGAACGACACCCUGAAGCUGAGGCUCAGGCUGAUUGAGAACCAGCUGCGGGCGGGGCAGGACGCGGGUGGCCUGCGCUGCGGCGGGCUCCAGGCGGCCGAGGGUGGCGCGCGGCGCAGGCGCAGGAGAGCAGGCGCAGGAGCCGAGGGCAAAGGCUCUGUGCGCGCAGAGAGCAGCUCCGAGGCGGAGCUGGACAGCUGCCUGUGGAGAGACGUGGAGCCGGCCUCCGUGGGCGCGGCCGGCGAACCUGCCGGGCUGUACCCUGGCGAAGGCGCAGAGCUGGAAUCCAUCAUCAUCAAAGAGGAGCCCACAGACCUGGACGAGGAGACCUCUGAAUCCAUCCUUGACCUGGAGGACGGACCAGAAGCGAACCCAGGCGAUAGGGACCUGCGUGGAGGAUUAAUGAUCGGUGUGGACGGAACCAUCGAGGCCUGCGCCCUCCCGGACGCGGAGGAGAGGAGUGGGGUGGACGAACAGCUCGGCGAGAGAUGCUGGAGCCCCGACCUGACUCUAGGCGUAGAGCCCGCAUCUACAGACGACCACAGAAGCAGGCAGAGUGGAGAGAAGAUGAGCGGGCUGGAGGCUGUCCACCUGGCAGAACCCGGUCUUCAGCAGGUUACACAGCGGUUCAGCCCGCUGGGAUCGGACCAUAUUACAGAAGGGCUUAGUAUGGGCCUUGAUUAUGCGGUAGAAAGUCUUAUGGAUCUGGGGGCUGUUACACAAUCGUAUAGUAAAAGAGACCUGAAUGGACUGGAGGGCAUUGCAAUGCCAGAGCAGGACACCGAGCUGAAGUCCAGCGAGCAGAAUGCCCCUGACGACUUUCACCUGCACGGCUUAGAGUCGUCAUACAUGAGUCCAGAGGCAGAUGACUUAAAUCCUGCCCGGGUGAAGGAGGAGAUGAAGCUGCAGGCUGCUUACAAGGAAGAGAGCAGGGCGGAGCAAGAGCACACCCAGCAGGGGGAGCUCGGAGAGGGCUUGGAAAGUGGUGGGCGACCCCAAGGACCCAAGAGCAGGAACCCUGCCUCACAGCUGCACAGGCAGAAGCAACAGGGACCCCCCGGCACCGUCACCCCUCCGCCUCCUGCCGGCGAGAGCAAAGCAGAGUCCAGCGGGGACGCCCAGAGCUCCAGCCACUGUGAACAGUGUGGGGCCAGUUUCAGCACUGACUGGCCUCUCCAGACACACCAGUGCCCGCAGGCCGGGCAGGGCGUGCACAGCUGCUCCCAGUGCGGGAAGGCCUUCAGCCAGCCCGGGUACCUGAAGGCCCACCAGCGACUGCACACGGGGGAGACGCCAUACUGCUGCACCCACUGCGGCAUGGGCUUCAGCCUCUCCAGCAACCUCAAGGCGCACCAGCGCAUCCACACGGGCGAGCGGCCGUACAGCUGCACCCUGUGCGGGAAGAGCUUCAGCCACCUGGGCACCCUGGAGCGGCAUCAGCUGAUCCACACCGGGGAGAGGCCCUACCGCUGCCACCAGUGCGGGAAGAACUUCAGCCGGCAGGGGAACCUGGAGAGGCACCAGCGCAUCCACACGGGAGAGAGGCCGUACUGCUGCCCCUACUGCGGGAAGCGUUUCAGCCGGGUCGAGUACCUGAAGAUACACCAGCGCAUCCACACGGGCGAGCGGCCUCACCGCUGCACGCAGUGCGGGAAGACCUUCAGUCAGUCGGGCCACCUUAAGAAACACCAGUGCUACCAUAGUGCAGAGACUGGAGAGCCGCCCUCUUGUUGUGUGGAAGCCUAUACCCCAGUACAGAAAGGCUCUAUUGUAAUUAAACCUAACGCUCCGUCUCGCUUCAAAAUGGUGGAUUCUGCUGCCGUCUUCCGGACCCAGCUGGCCUCUGUCAUGGAGGUCCUCACGAAAGCUGCGGUGUGCGAGAUCAGCCGGCUGGUCCAGGGCAGCUUUGCCGAUCUCCGGGCGGAGGUAUCCCGGAGGGACCGGGAAAUCGGCACCCUGAGGUCGAGGCUGCAGUGGUGGGAGAGCAGGUCGAGAGCAGAGACUGGAGAGGCAGGGAGGGACGCGGGGAAGACAGCACAGAGUGUCGGAGUCCAGGUGGAUAAGGAGGACAUGGACAAGGAACGGCCUGCACAGGUCCCUGUUGCUGUUGCUGAGAAGGUCCUUAAUGGAGAAUGGAAACAUAAUACAGCUGAGAGGCCGAUAUCUAAGAAAGUCGAAGAGGAAGAUACAGAAACAUAUCCUGUCCACACUACACCCAGGGAUGCUGGACUGCAGUGUGUCAUUAAAGAGACAACUAACCUGGAAGAGAACAGGCCUGAAACACUUCUCAUCAAAGAGGAGAGAUCUGGAGAGGACAAGGCUGUCGGUACUCUGCAGAAAGGACUGGUGAUUGAUCUGAAGAAAGCGUCUGGCUCUCUCCUCCACACUAAAGAAAGGGGUCCCGUUGUGCAGCUGGACUAUGAAGAGGAGUGGGGCUGCAGCUGGUGGCAGGACAGCGAUUUAAAACAUGCGGAAGGAAACGAAGAUCCCGCCGAGCAGCACGGGUCCGGGCAGCGUGUGAGGGUGCCGGGAUCCGGGCAUAUCACACACCGGGACAGUCCAGCGGUGUCUGGCUACAGCACAGAGAGGCUCGAUAGAGUAAGCCCUGAGAAUAUCGCCGAAAGUGCCAAUGGAACCAGUACUGGCUUAGCAGCGGUAUACGUUAAAGAAGAACAGAAUAUAAUUGACAAUGUGGAACGAGACGCUGAGCCCCCGUCAUUUCAUACGAAAGGCAACGAUAAGUUACUCGAACCCCUGUUGGGGGCCCCCUACAUAAACCUGGAGGGGGAAGGCUGGCGGUCUGCCUGCGUUAAACAGGAGGCUGAGCAGGGGCUUGCACGCAGCGAAGGCAAGAAGGUAGAGCUAGAUCCCACCCAACCGGGGCAAUACAGUCGGGGCCCGCCAAACGGAUCACGGGAGCACAGAUGGAACGUGGACGAACCUCUGGAUCCCAUUGGGGUCAAGGAGGAAAAUGAGCUCCGGUCAGUUCACACUGAGGAGCAGACCACUGCUGCAUUGGGACCUCUCUACAUAAGUGCCGAGGGCAAGGGGCAGGGUUCUGUCCACUUUGGAGAUGAGACGGGGCGACGUCCCGCAGGCGGCGAAGAGAGCAGAACGGAGUUGAACCAUGCCCUCGGCGGGGUGAGCGAGAGGGCAGAAAAUCAGGACUACUUCCAGUGCGAGCAGUGCGGCAAGAGUUUCUGUACCACCUGGAACUUCAAGGUCCACCAGCUCACCCACAGCGGGCAGAGGCCUCACUGCUGCACCUACUGUGGGAAGCGAUUCAGUCGCUCCGAUAACCUGAAGACACACAUGCGAAUCCACACGGGCGAGAGGCCUCACUGCUGCUCUCUGUGUGGGCAGAGCUUCACCUACCUGGGCAGCCUCAAAACCCACCAGCGGCUCCACACCGGGGAGACGCCACACUGCUGCACCCAGUGCGGGAAGAGUUUCAGCAACUCGGAAAACCUGGAGAGACACCAGCGGGUUCACAGGGGAGAGAGGCCCUACAACUGCUCCCAGUGCGGGAAGAACUUCUGCCACGCGGCCGAUCUGAAAUCCCACCAGCGCAUUCACACAGGAGAGCGAUCCCACCGCUGCCUCCAAUGCGGGAAAAGUUUCAAUCGCUCCGAUAAUCUCAAGACGCACCUGCGGAUCCACACAGGAGAGAGGCCCUACGACUGCGCUCUGUGUGGAAGGAAUUUCAGUCAUUCUGGGGACCUGAAAAGACACGAGCGGAUCCACACGGGAGAGAGGCCGUAUGUCUGUGCCCAGUGUGGGAAGAGUUUCCGGGUCUCUGGCAGCCUGAGGACACACCAGCGGAUUCACAGGCUGCGCUCACAUGUGAACAGCUGAUCAAUGCGACUGUCGUAGCUGGAGAACGCUUCUGCAAAUUACAGCAGUGUACUGUAUAUAUCAAUAGAAAAUGAUGAGUAAAAAAUACAGUAGGAUGUCAACACUUAAGAGGAUUAGAUGCAGAGAAAUGUUGCCAAUAACCAAGUCCACUCCUCUACCAUAGCCAAAUGCACUACAGUAUAUAGUAUGUAUGGUUAAAAGGCAUAAGUAACUAAGGCUAUAUUAAUAUUAAUAAGAUUAUUAAAUUAAUAUAAAUAUUAAUUUAUAUAACAUUGAUUAACUAAAAGAAACACAACUUUAUAAUAGUUCAAAUAAACAUCAUGAAUUCCUCCUCUGUGACCAGCCUACACUUUCUGUCUCUAUAUCUGUGAUUAGCACACCCCGCUGUAAUGAAACAGGACAAGAAAGCUGUCAGUUAAGUUUGUAAAGUAGUCUCUAGCUUCUCAUUCCCUACACUGUUGAUAUAGGACCUGGAGUGCUUGUUGCAGUAUAAAAACAAGACUACGUGAGCUCUUGCUGCUGGGCGGUGGGUACUUGGGCAGGAGGCCGGGAGAGGCUGACUCACUCACUAGAUUCGUUUUGCGAUCCUCCUCUUCUGUGCUGCUAAUUUUAAAGCUGUGGUUAACAACCUUCAGCUUGGUUUCAUCCCACUCUGCCCUUCUCUCAUCCAGAUUGAAUCAUGAAUAAGUACAUUGGACGUCCAGAUCUGCUGUAUAAUAAUAAUAAUUGUUUGCACUUACAUAGCGCUUUUCUGGACACUCCACUCAAAGCGCUUUACAGGUAAUGAGGAUCCCCUCCAAAACUCAGACUACUGGUAAAUGUGCUACUUCUACUAUAAAGGAGUGAAGAACUGCUGGCAGUGUCUUAAUCUUUUUACAGAUCUAAGUCCCAAGUGUUCAGAGAUUUUACAUAAAAGGUAUCCAAAUAGUUAAAGUUUAAAAGAAAAGUAUAUAAAAAUUAAUCUAAAAAAUAAAUAAUUAUUAAACAUUUAAUAAAUAGAACCUACAGCCCUACACAAUCAAAAAAUCCAAACUUUGUUUACCAAAACAUUUACAAGCAUUCCUGUAAAAUUAUUUUUGUCAGCACCCCAGUAAUAACAAUACUAAAUUUUAAGGAUAUUGUAGCUGGGAUUGUUUAAUUGAUAGUAGUGGCUUGUAAUUAUACAUUCGCAUAGCAUUUUUGUCCAAAGAAGUGCUUCUCCAAGCAACAAAUAAUUUUUAAAAGAACUUAUUCCCCACUUUCUUUGUUCUAGAGCUUUUUGAGUCUUCCCUCUCUCCCCAUCACUGUGAAAUAACAGUUUCCAAUAUACAUUUGAUUCUUACACCUUUGAGAAUAAUUCUGUUUUAUUUAUGUUCAGGAAAGUGUGCAGAAAUGAGAUGUUUUGCUGACACCAAACUGUUAUUUUCAUUCAGAAUGUCUCUCUGUUGGUGGCUCUAUUUCCUCACAAGUUCUUUACCUAAAGAGCAAAGUAGCAAACCUGUUAAUAACACUUUUUUCUCCCUGUUCACGGUUGUACAAAGGUAUUUAUUUCAAUGACAUUUGGGCAAGAGGAAAAAGUUGAGUCCAGGAAGAACAGAGCAUGGGGAAUGAAUCAUUCUGACUGUACUGUGUCUUAUACUCUCCAUCAUAAAUGAUUCUGUCUAAAACAUAUUUGUGAAUUUGGUAUCAGAAAACAAAUUGUUUUUUAAUUCUUUCUUUGAUUCUAAUAAUCAAAUAGAAGGGAAGAGUCACUUUUCCACUUUUCUUAUUUAAAAAACGUUUGAAUAUUUUUUUUAUUCUUCCUAAUUCACUGAACCAUGUUAAUUGCUUUUCCUUUCAUCCUCUGUAGCAUAUAUUCUCCACCCUGCAAUUCUGAAUUAAUGAGAAUUCCCUUAUUAGUGAUGUAGAAUCUGUCAACAGACGUUCAGUCUUAGAAUUAAUAUCUGAUACAGUACCUUGGAAAGUGUAAAACGUACUGUUUAGUUUAACAAUGAUCCGGCACAUCUAGAAAAUGUCGUUAUUUAAAAGCUUGGCACUACAAAAUGUAUCUUGUGUUAAAGGAGUUAUAUAUCCCUAUAAAUAAUUCUAUAUGGUCAUUGUAUCAAUACAGUAUGUUCUCCAACUCCUGAAUUAAUAAAAUCAUUACUCCCAUAACGGUUUGUGCAAAGAAAUGCCUCCUGUUCCUGGUUUUGGAACCUUAUAGUCAGUCCUAAACUGAACAGGUAACUAGCACAGGUACAGUUAGCUGGGGCAGACUCAAUAUGGUUUCAUCUGCUUUUAGUUAAAACUCCAUUAGACAUAUUUUAUAUGUUGCAACUUUAUUAGGGUUGCGAGCAAGAUGUUACAAUAAGCAGUUCUGGAUGUGAUAAAGGUUGUCAGACUUUCUCUGCAGCAGAAAAGGGGUCUUUGCUGGGCAGUAUUUCAGAGGUGGUGCAUCUUUGUGUAAACGUUGUCCUUAAGGCCUGGACACAAGGUACAUAGAUGAAUAACCUUAGUUAAGGGAUCACAAUGACCGAGUUCCAUCCCUGUGAAUUGGGAUUUAGAGAUGUUUCUGCAUGCUGCUGCAAUUGAUUUUGCAAGUACAACCAGAUGUGGCUUUCUUUAAAUCACCAAUUAAUAUGCUGAGGUGACAUUGUUAAUUCCUUUGAGAUAAUGCUUUGAACAGGUGCCGUUCGUGUUUGUGCCAUAACCAAUGUUAAAAUAAAUAUUUUGCCCAGUUUUGAUGAUGUGAUGUAUCACAAAAAAUAUUUUUAUGAUAUGUGAUUUAGGACAUGAACGGUGUCACCCUUCAUGUAGUCCUUCUGAGUCAACUGGAAUAGCAAACGGACAACAAGUGACUGUAAGUGGUAGGACUACUGCAAUCGGAAAAGGCAAAAAAUUCUCCUAUGGGUGAAAAGGAAGCAUUAUAGGGACCUCUGCUGGCCACAAAAGGAAUGGCAUAUGCUUAUGUGAAGCAACAGACGCUCGCUACAGGAGUUGUCCUCGGUGUUGUUUACAAGCAGGAGGUAAAAAGCUGUCCUCCUAACUAAAAGGAAAUGCAAAAGAAAGUUGCUCUGAAGUCUGUAAAUGGAAGAAGGUAAGAAAGAUUAAUCAUAACGCU